CUACACCACACUAUCGUAUACCCAUAAAACUUCAUUGGUCUACACGUCGCCAAGUGAUUCUACUGAACCUCUUACAAACAUGCCAUUAUCUACACGAGGUGGGUGUAAACUAAGUUUCACAGAACAAUUCCUCAUCAAAUGCACAGGGAAAAUGUUGUCAACUAUCGCAUCACCUUUAUCCUGCUGUAAUCUUCUCCACACAUCUAACUUCUCCACAGUUAGAGUUGAUAGUAAGCAUGGAGCAUUUACUCCAGCGAUUUCUAAAACAAAAAUUUAUAGGAAGGCCACUAAAUUACAUGGAAGACAGACGGUUGAUUGUGCUGCAAACACGAGCUCUACGAGGCCAUUCGAGAUAAGGAAUGGCACCCAAUUGGCAGGAUUGCAAUUUGUAGCAAUGGCUGCAUCCAUGGCUAUCCUGCUCUCAUCUGACCCAGCUCAAGCUGGAUUGCUAUCAGGAAGCUUAGGGUUGGAAUCUAUUCCUGGUCCUGAAUUACCACAAUUUGAUUUCCUGAAACGAAAAAGAGAGGAAAAUCAAAAGAAAUAUGAGGCAGAUGAUGCCAAAUUCAAAUCCUCUCCCUUGCUUCAAGAGCUGCUCAAACGUUCAAAAGAUAAUGCAGCCAGAAACAAAGAAGAAAUUCAAAACAAGUACUGUGAGCGAGGUGCUGAAUGGGGUGUGGGCGACUGCUCAACAAUAGGAAUGUCAAAAGAUGAAAGAGAAGCUUUUAUGGAGAUGCUGAGGCAAAAACGGGCCAACAAAUAGGUUCUCAUGAUAUGCUAUUUGAUCUAAUUAAUAUAGCUCAUUGUGAUUGAGUUCCAUAUCCAAUGACCUUAAGGCCUAUCUCAAACUCUGGUGCAGGGCCUGAAUUUUGUUUUACUGAAUCAAAUUCAUGAUUGCAUUGAAGGGCAGUAAAUCCAUAUUAUGAAUUUCCUUUAUUUUUUUAAGCUGGAAAACUUGAUAUCUCGUCUGUACUUUUUAUACUAAAAGACGACAGAAAGAUGCAAGUUGCUGUCUGUUAAUAAGCCUCAGUGAAAUAUACAUGUGAUGUUCAUAUUA